AUGGCAGCCACGUAUGCACUCUGUGCUGCUGCUCUCCGAUCUCCCUUCCCUUCCCGGAGAUUCUCUCCGAUUCACAAAACCACCGCUCCUUAUCACUUCACUCUCCUCCCUCCGCCGUGUUCGUUCCGUUCCGUCAGAAUUUUCCCGCGUUCUCUGGCGACGAAGCAGCAGGUUGAUCAAAACGACGCCGGAUUCGAUCAACCUCCGUCGCAGGAGCUCGCGAUAGUGUCUGCAUGUUUAGUCGGAGUCCUAACCGGAAUAAGCGUGGUUCUCUUCAACAACUGCGUUCACUCCCUCCGAGACUUCUCAUGGGACGGGAUUCCAGAUCGUGGAGCCUCGUGGCUCAGAGACGCACCGAUCGGUUCAAUCUGGCUACGCGUCAUACUCGUUCCCACUCUCGGAGGUUUGUUAGUCAGCGUCCUUAACCAUCUCCGUGAAUCCGCUUCUGAAGAAGAUUCUGAUUCCGCUCUAAAGGCAGUGCUGCGUCCUUUCCUUAAGGCCGUUGCUGCAUGUGUGACGCUUGGGACGGGGAACUCGCUGGGUCCUGAAGGUCCUAGCGUUGAGAUUGGAGCGUCGAUUGCGAAAGGAGUUAACUCUGUGUUUAAUAAGAGUCCUAAGACUGAGAUCUCGUUACUUGCUGCUGGCUCAGCUUCUGGAAUCUCUUCUGGGUUCAAUGCAGCUGUUGCUGGGUGCUUCUUUGCAGUUGAAUCUGUUUUGUGGCCUUCAUCGAGUGAUGACUCAUCAACAUCACUUCCAAAUUCAACUUCGAUGGUUAUUCUUAGUGCUGUUAUUGCUUCUGUUGUUUCUGAAAUAGGUUUGGGAUCUGAACCUGCGUUUAAAGUUCCUGACUAUGACUUCCGCUCUCCUGGAGAACUUCCGCUUUAUCUUUUAUUGGGAGCUCUGUGUGGUUUGGUCUCGUUGGCGUUAUCUCGAUGCACAUCUUCCAUGACUUCUGCUGUUGACAGUCUUAACAAGGACGCUGGGAUACCAAAGGCUGUGUUUCCUGUAAUGGGUGGUUUAACUGUUGGUGUGAUAGCUUUGGUGUACCCUGAAGUUUUAUAUUGGGGUUUUGAGAACGUUGAUAUUUUGUUGGAGUCUCGUCCGUUUGUGAAGGGCCUUUCGGCUGAUCUUUUACUUCAGUUGGUUGCGGUUAAGAUAGCUGCAACUGCACUGUGUCGUGCGUCGGGACUGGUGGGAGGAUACUAUGCUCCUUCUCUGUUUAUUGGUGGGGCGGCAGGAAUGGCCUAUGGGAAGUUUAUUGGCAUUGCCUUGGCUCAGAAUCCUGGAAUCCAGCUCUCUAUCCUCGAAGUGGCAUCUCCACAAGCUUAUGGUCUGGUUGGAAUGGCUGCAACGCUUGCGGGUGUUUGUCAAGUUCCUCUUACAUCAGUACUAUUGCUAUUUGAACUUACACAGGACUAUCGUAUAGUGUUACCCCUACUGGGAGCUGUGGGGAUGUCUUCAUGGAUUACAUCUGGACAGUCAAAGAGACAAGAAACAAGAGAGACAAAAGAAACUACGAAAAGAAACAGCCAAGAAUCUGUACAUCCCCUGACGACAUCUGAAGAAGGAUCAUCAACGAGCAACCUUUGUGAAGUUGAAAGUUCUCUUUGCGUAGAUGAUUCAAGCAUCCAAACUGAGGAGAUGCCAAGGAGUAUCUUCGUUUCAGAAGCCAUGCGAACAAGAUUUGCCACAGUUAUGAUGAGCACUUCUCUGGAAGAAGCAGUAACUCGUAUGCUGAUAGAGAAACAAUCCUGUGCGCUGAUUGUUGAUCCUGACAAUAUCUUUCUCGGUCUACUUACACUUUCAGACAUUCUGGAAUUCAGCAAAGGAAGAAAAGCAGGAAACAAAGAACCCAAGGAAUUUUUGGUUCAUGAAAUAUGUUCGAUGAGCGGAAGAGCAUGUAAGGUGCCAUGGACUGUUACACCUGAUAUGGAUCUUCUGGCUGCGCAAACAAUCAUGAACAAACAUGAGAUUUCUCAUGUUCCAGUCGUUUCGGGCAGCAUCGAUUCUCGCAGAAUACACCCUGUUGGGGUCCUAGAUAAAGAAUGUAUCACUGUAACACGCAGAGCUCUAGCAACCAGAAUGUUCCUCGACUGAGUCAAAUUCUCCGCAUUCGUAAAUGGGGUUGCUUUGUAGCUUUUAUUUAAGCUGACCAGGAUGAUUUCAAUCUUUUUCUUCUGCGAGGGUCGGAGCUAUUAUUUUUGUUCCUUGUAUUAAGAGAUUCGGGGGAGAAUAAAUAGAGUUGACUAGUGCAGGCAUGGAUAGAAGUUCGUCUGCUCCAUCUGUUGGUUGAAAUGGUGGGAGCUCCCAUGUCCGGUUAAGUUGCUGAGCAAUCCAAACAAGGAAGGGUACUCAGAAAAAAUCUUUAUACUUGUACAGACUGUCACUAAUUCGUUACUAUCUUAUCUCAUUAUAUACAGAUUGUCACUGUUCCUUUCUCAAUUUUGUAUGUUCUGUAAAUUGCUACUUGGCUUAUAUAUCACACUGAGAAAGUUCUUACUAUUUGAAGACUAUGAUGAUGAGUCUAUGAUAAUGC